UAUUUAACAAUAUAUAUCCUAAUACCUUUUCUUUUACACCUCACUCUCUAAUUAUGUAUCCUUCAAUUAUUGAGUUAGUUGUGUCCUAAAACGAUUUAACCUCAUCUACUAGGUAUGAUGAUGUAAAGCCCCUUACACGAUGAUAUUCACAAGCGUUGUCAUGACUCGGCUUGAUCCGGCAAGUCCAACAAAUUGUACAAAUAUAAUAUGAGAAUUAUCCGACGAUAACUUGAACAUGUUGACGUGACCAUUCUUCAAGUUCCGCAGUCUCGUUCCCCUCUAUUCUGAUCCAAAACUCCAAGGGAUUUUGACCUUCACCACCAAACACUCUAUUCUAGGCAGGCGGGCUUGAAGAUAGGGACUUCUAGGUUUCUGUGUUCGAUAUGUCUCGCAUCUCUUCGAUAAUCGACCGCAGCUCAACUCCUGGGAAUGUAGACGGUACACCCCCAGACCACUUCCCAUCUGAUGGGGGGGUAUACGUAUGGCGAACGGCCGUUGUCAUGCCGUUUAUCACCUUUAUCUUCGUGGCCCUGAGGUUAUAUACUCGACUAUAUAUAGUUAAGGCGAAACGUCUCAGACUCGAUGACUGGGUUGUGGCCUUGACUAUGAUAGUCUGUACCGCCCACUCCGUGCUGAUAGCUAAUGCAACAUAUAACGGCAUGGGCCUGCAUGUAUGGCAAUUCACCGAAGAGCUCACCUCGCAAUACCUUCUCUGGCUUGGCAUCGUGUCCCUCUUUUAUGUACUUGGCCUUUGCGGUUUCAAGAGCGCGCUUCUCUUACUGUACAUAGAACUUUUCGGCGUGUACACAAAGUUCAAAUGGACGUGCUACGGGACCUUGUUUUUCACCGUGACCUAUCUAUUCAGCAACUUGGUAAUUGAGUUCUUGGGGUGCCAUCCGAUCGAUAAGAAGUGGCAUCCGGAACUGCCGGGGAAAUGUGUCGACAUCACCGUGUCCGUUAUCUUCUACGGGGCUUGUAAUAUGGCCACUGAUUUAAUUAUUGCCAUCUUGCCCCUCACGAUGAUAUGGAAUCUACAAUUGGCAUCAAUAUGGCAUAAGGUUGGGCUAAGCUUACUAUUAAGUAGUGGUUUUAUUGCUUGGGCCUUUGCCGUAGUCCGCUGGGGAUACGCUACAUAUGGCGUAACCUCGUCCCCCGAUAUUACGGGACUCGGUGGAGUGGCCUUUACCAUGUCGAUACUCGAACUACACACGGGCCUUAUCUGUUGCUGCACGGCAUCCCUAGGACCUCUGUGGAAAGGAUUGGUUUCGUGGUGGGGGAGCUGGAAUAUCGUUGCUCACAGCGCAGGAUCUUCAUUGCCUUCUUUUGUCCGUAAGCCUGGCAAUGGCGGGACUUCUGGCGGGACUGGGGGACCGAGUCACCUGAGCAACGGCUCGGCGCCCUCAAACAAGGGCGAGAUGUCGCGUAACCAGGCAGCCCCUACGAUGAGCUACCCAGGCACGACGCUGAACGAAAGUCGUGAAAUUGUUUACGAUUCUAUGAGUACGCCUGGCUCGAAUGUCAGCGCCUCUGUUAGAGAAGAUGCACCUCCAAGACACGUGGAAGAUGUUUGAAAUUGUAUGUCCUGAGAUAUUGGAUACAGCUGUAUGUCAUUUUCUUGUUCCUGCUCUUGCUCUUGCCGAAUCCCUUGCCGGUCAUUCUAGCCUUUUCACUCAAAUAUCCGACUUUUGGCUGCGCCGUACGCCAAAAAAAAGUUAAAUGGAACACCAAGACUUCGGAUGGUGAUAGUGCUCCGAGUAAACAUCAGGUUACAUUCUCACUAUAGCAUUUCCCGAAUUCGAAGGGGCUAUAGGCACCGCUUUCGGUUUAAAGUAACAUUGCGAUCACCGAAAUAGAU